UUUAUCGUGGACGCUGUCUGCAGGUGUUAUCUCAAGCCGCAGCAUAUUUAUUGUCAAAUUUUUGUGUACAGGAUUGUAUGUUUUUAUUGUUUGACAGCUGAAAUCAAACUUAACAUCUGUAUACUUUUCCAAUUAUGGACUCAAUUAGAGAGACGGACAGCAUUCUUAGUAAUAUUUCCUCUAUUCCUGCAGAAUCUAAUCACGAAGAUUCAGAUCAAAUUAUUAAGCAUUUAUUAGAUGCAGUUUCUGAUAUUAAUACUGAAAAUUCUAGUCUUGGAAAUGAAAUUAUUGAGUUACUCAGUGCGUUUAAGUUUGACAUCAAGUCUAUGUCUGCAGAUUUAAAAGAUAAUUCACAGACAGCAAGUGCUAUUUUGAAAUCAGAAGGCCUAUCUUCCAUUGAUAAUAAUGCAUUGAAAUUGUGUAUGGAAAAGAGAAAAGUUCAUGAGCAGAUGAAAGCCAGGGAAGAAAGAUUAUUUAAAGCAAAAUAUAAUGCAGCUUUUGCUAAAUACAACACAUUACAAGAGAAAUUGAAUAAAGUACAAGAAGAAGUGAAACAAAUUGAAACUAAUUUGCAGCUAAAAAGUUCUCAAGAUGAAAAUGCAGAAUCAGUAAGAAUUUUAUGGUCUAAUCGAUUACUUGAUUACAAAAAUGCUAUUGCAAAAUUGGAAGAAGAAUUAGAAGCAAUACAGUUUCAAGACAUUAGAAUCGAUGAAACUUUAAAAAAGUCUUCACUUCUAUUGGAUAAAGUUAAUGAUCUUGCUCAAUUAAAUAAUGAGCUAGAAAAGUAUGAAAAUCUACCUACUAAUUUGUUGCAGGCAAAAUAUGUUUUAGAAAAUAAAAAACGUGAGUUGGAAGAAAUUGAGAAUUUGAUACAUGAUAAAAUGAACAAUUAGAAAAACGUGUAAAAAGAUUCAA